UAUGACAUAAAGAUGAAGGACUUCUACCUAUAUCAGAACAUCUCAAAGAUCAGCCCUUUUGAGGGCCCACAGUAUCAUAUUGCUCCAAAAUGGGCAUUUUAUCUGCAAGCAGCAUUCAUGGGCUUUGUGUUUUUUGCUGGAACACCCCUCAAUGCUACUGUCCUGCUCGUCACUGCAAAAUACAAGAAACUGCGGCAGCCUCUGAACUACAUCUUGGUCAACAUCUCUGUCGCUGGUUUCAUCUUUGAUGUGUUCUCCGUCAGCCAAGUGUUUGUGACCAGCCUAAGAGGUUAUUACUUUCUUGGUCACACAAUGUGUGCUCUGGAAUCUUCAAUGGGAACAGUAGCAGGCUUGGUAACAGCAUGGUCGCUUGCUGUCCUGGCAAUUGAGAGAUAUAUCGUCGUCUGCAAACCCAUCGGGAAUUUUAAAUUUGGUUCGAGUCAUGCUCUUUGUGGAGUGGCCUUCACCUGGUUUAUGGGGGUUGGAUGUGCUAUACCCCCAUUCUUCGGUUGGAGCAGAUAUAUCCCUGAAGGCUUGGGCUGCUCCUGUGGACCUGACUGGUACAUGCCUGGGACAGAGUAUAACUCAGAGAGCUACACAGCUUUCCUUAUGGUUACCUGUUUCAUUGCCCCCCUCAGCUGCAUCAUCUUCUCCUACUCACAACUUUUGUCUGCCUUGAGAGCUGUGGCAGCACAGCAGGCUGAGUCAGCAUCAACACAGAAGGCAGAGAAAGAGGUGUUCAGGAUGGUCCUUGUUAUGGUGGCAUCCUAUAUAAUAUGUUGGACGCCUUAUGCAGCUGCUGCUUUGUACUACACAUUUGACCAUGAAACACCCAAAGAUUACCGUUGGGUCACCAUUCCUGCUCUUUUCUCCAAGAGUGCCACUGUUUACAAUCCAUUGAUCUACUGCUUCAUGAACAAACAGUUCAAUGCAUGUAUUAUGGAGACAGUGUUUGGAAAGAAGAUGGAGGAAUCCUCAGAGGUGUCCAAAACCGAGGUGUCCUCUGUGGCUUAAGAUACGACUCAGAACUCCCUUGUCAAGCACAUUUGAAGAACCCAAAUAUUCAAUCUUGUUCCUUUAUUCAAACUUUUAAUACAGCAUGGAAAAUUAUUAAGUCGAAUGGCUAAGUACAAAAAAGAAAUGUGGUGUGAUUUCUCUGUUGAACAUUGAACCUACAUUGGCUGUUCUAUGAUAUUUGUCUACAUGUAUUUUAUACACAUAUAAAACUUCAAAAGACUUAAGUGAUGGUUUCUCCAGUGAAUAUCUCAUCACAAUUUCAUUUUUCUAUAUGCCUAUUUUAUUACAGAUACUAGUAAAACUGCAGCAAAAAUACAAAAAAAAACAAAACAUUUUUUUCCUUAAGUGUUGUCCAGCUUCUCAGAUGUUAUUUUGUUGAAUGGUGAUUAUGGAUCUUUCAAAUAAAUUCAAGCAAUACUGA